GAGGUCGGCGUAGGCGGGCGGGCGAUGCAACACUGAUCACCGGCGGCAUGGCUUCGUCGUCGGCGCCGGCAGACUACUACGAGCUUCUGGGCGUGAGCCGCAGCGCGGGUCCCGAGGACAUCCGGCAGGCGUACCGGAGACGGGCUCUGCGCUGGCACCCGGACAAGAAUCCUGGUCGCAGCGAGGUCGCCGAGAGACGCUUCAAACGCCUACACGAGGCGUACACGGUUCUGAGCAGCACCGUGGAUCGCGCGGCGUACGACCGCGCGCACCCAGCCAGGCUGCCAACCGUGCGCCAGAGGCUGGCGCAGCGAUUCAGGGCCAAUGGCUCGAGGCAGCUGUUCACCCUGUCUCUGCGACACGCCGAGGAAGUGCUCCAGGAACUGAUAGACAAAAUCAGGCGCUUUGUGUGA